AUCGACGGAAACAACGACGUUUGCGGUUGAGUUCAUCUUCGGAUGAUUCCCCAGAAAAUGACUACAGUAAGUACCCAUAUACAAUAUUAUUAAGUGUUCCGAAGUGCUUGUGAUACCAAUUACUGAAACCUAGCCGACAAUGAUCUGUUUAGUUACAAACGCUCAUGCCGGUUUUAUAUUGCCAUAGAUUCAAAAUUGAACACGGCAAAUAAAAUUUCAAAACUACCCGCCAUAGAUUCAUUUUAUGAACACGGCGUUUUCAAAUCAAAUCUGAUUUACCCUUUCUUCUCCUUCAGGGAGCGAGACCCUGGUGCUCGACCGAGACCAGGAGGCUAUCAUCGAGACCAUGGACCCUCCUCCAGAUCUCCGAGAUGAUUUAAGGGCUGGCUCCGCGGAGCCGCCCUCAGAAGACGCAGUGGACUUGAUCAUCGAGCCAACAGCGUCGGCCACGGAGCCUCCACCGGCCACAGACCCAGCGGUCGCCGACCAGCCCACGGGCGCCGAGCCCACCACUUCAACGACGGACGUAGACCCCGAUAUUUUACAAGCUCUCGGGGAAGCUACGGACGUGGGACCUACGUUUGGCGAGGAAAUACACCAAACUUUAUGCCAAUUAUGGCAGCCCUUACUUAAAAAAGGUAUGUCCAAAGAAGCGAAGGACAAAAUUUUAAAACAGUACUUGGUUCCAAGCAACUGCACACUGCUGCAGGCGCCGAAACUUAACAUUGAAGUCUCCGCGACAGCCAACGAGAUGGUCAAGUCACGUGAUAAAAAAGUGGAGUCUGCCCAGCAACAACUUGGCGCGGGCAUCACGGCCAUCAGCAGAGCACUGACGACGCUGAUGACGACAAAUAAUAAAGUGGAGGCCGUUAGAGUAUUAAGUGAUGGCUGUCGGUUGCUAUGCGAUUUGCAUUUUAUGGAGACACAAGGCCGAAUCAAAAUGCUCGCAUCUGGGCUUACUAAGCCAUUCCUGAACGUCAUUCAAGACAGUGUACGGGACGAAACUUUGUUUGGUAAUAAUUUGUCUGAGAAGAUUAAAGCAUCAAAUACUAUAGAAAAACAAGGAAUGCAAAUAAGGAAGACACCACAACCUCCGAAAGCCACCACGUCCAGCCACUCAGGACCCAGACCUUCCCAGUUCCAGGGAAAUUGGACGGGCCCUCAUCGGUACCCAUACCCACCGAGCCGGGGGGGGCGCGGGGGACAGCGGAGGCCGCCACCCAGUGCGCGCCGCCCGGCGCCGGCGCCCGCGACCAGCAGGCCGCCGCCGCCGCCGCAGGGCAGGUCGCGUGCCCCAACUCGUCCCUGAUGCAGACGGCGCCACCCACUGCACCAGACGCUUACCCUGGGGGCGGCGCUGCUCUCCGGCUCGCGUUCUCUCGCCGCGGAUGCCCACCGGAGGCCAUCGACCUAAUGAUAGCUUCUUUGUCAAAAAGCACAUUAAAACAAUAUAGCGUUUGUUUUAAUCAAUGGUGGCAAUACUGUUACACAAAUAGUCAUGAAAAAUUUGAUUCUUCGACACCAAUUAUAAUUAAAUUUCUCACUGAUCAAUAUAACAACGGUGCAUCCUAUGGCACUAUCAACUCUUUUCGGUCAGCAUUGUCUCUGUUACUAGGAAAUGAUAUUUCCCAAGAUAAAUCUAUAAAAAGACUGAUUAAAGGUGUGUUUAGGUCUAGACCUUCCUUACCAAAAUAUGCGAACACUUGGGAUCCGCAAAUAGUCUUGAGUCACAUAUCCAAGUGGACUCCACAUACAGAACUUUCGUUAGAGAAGUUAACUAAGAAAUUAGUAAGCUUAUUAGCUCUUUGUACGGCUCACAGGGUACAAACAUUUUCGUUGAUUAAGUUGAGUAACAUUAUAAUCAGUGAUAGCGGUGUUAAAAUUAAUAUUGUUGAUUUAAUUAAAACAUCAGGACCAGGACGCGACC